ACGCGACGCGGUUGCUCUUUUGCGGCGUAUGAUCGCUCGGAUGCAGAUAGAAAGGGCGGCAGAAACGUCCGCGCGAACGUCUCCUCGAAGAGUAAUAAGGAAAUCACACAAUCGGCCAAAACCGCGCAUCGUGUCGAUCUCGCGCUUCCACACUUCUUGCGUCGCGUUGUCGAAAAAAAACAAACAAAAUCACCGACGCACAGGCAGCAAUUUCGAAACGUGUCAUGUUUGAAACAAGCUCCAGGGACACGAUGCAUCGUUCCAUUAAUUUACCCGCCAAAUUGAGCGCAGGGAAUUGCGACUCUGUACUAACUUUUCCGAAAAUAGUACAGCCAGUGCAGUGCGAGUCGCGUCGGUACUGAGAGAGAGAGAGAGAGAGAGAGAGAGAGGAUCAUUUACUUCGCUCCGCGCGACUUCACUUAACGAAUUGAGUAACGCGCGAGACUCGAUUACGAGGAUUCGAAAACGUCGAAAAACGUCGUUCUUCGUCUUUUUCCAAAAUUUUAACGCGAAUAUCAAUUACGGUUCCCGCGUAGAGUAACGGAUUUUAUCUCUUCAAAAAGCGCUUGUCAAACGAUGUUGUGUCAUCGCAACACAAUCGUGUGCUGAUUACGUUUUAAUCAAGACUGUUUUGAUCGAGUAAUCUUGGUGUCCCGGAGUGCGUCAGAGAAACGUCUAGUUAUUGCGAGAUACCGGUCGAUGAAUGGCGAUAUAAUCCCGAAUUACCGCCACCGCGAAACAGAGUUGAAGAGGGUGAUCCUCUCCGGAUCAAAGGGCUAAAUCCUCGAUUGAGUAUUCCCGUCCGAUGUGUAAAUUGGAUGUGUCGUGCGAUACAUAAAUCGGGGCGCGCUGUGAUAAAGAGCCUGCGGUGACACUUUGCCGAAGCCGGGGACGGACGUCGAGAUAAAUGGCAAUAAAUUGUCACCCCGUCCGACGUUAAUUAAGCCGCGAGGAGCGGAAGAGACGUUGCCUCCCAGAGCGGAAAGCGAAUCGACGCGUCGCAUACUUACGCAAAAGAAAAAAAAAAGAUUUCGAGCGAAGGAACGACAGAAGCGACAGAAUCAAUUCCCGGUGUGACUGUGCGGCCGCGGAAGAAAUGUGGCCCGGAGAGGAAUGCUGCACAACUUUACGAUGAGGAGAAACCGGAAGAGCGCCUCGAGUCGUCAGAGAAUCGACGACUGAUUAUGACGCGCGUCCGCGCACGGCGGAAUCUCUCUCGUCUCCUCCUGUUAUUCUCUUCCUCUGAAGCCCUCUACGCUCGCCAUCGCCUGACCCUCUUCCUUCUCGGCCUCGCUUUUCUCGGUAAGUCCGUCUCGUGCGACGCGAGGACGAGGUCCCAGAGCGAUUUCCCUCAUAACAUCGGGGCAAAAAGAUAUUCGGAGCGAGGAGACCUCGACGUUACCGAAGUGACCCAGGAAUGGAUUCAACGCGAAAACGUAGCUUCGAGCAUGGCUGGUCAAAGUGCUAGCGACGUGGCCACCAGUCAUCAUCAGUCCGGUAAUUCCCUCGCAAAUCAGCGAAAUCCCAAUGAAACCGAUCCGACGGAGAUAAAACGAACUUACUUUGACGACGGCAAUCUUACCGCGAGCAUUACUAACGAUCUGCGCGGAGAUCAUCAAGUGCAUCCUCCGUCCGUUAGACGAAAACCUCGAUUUGGCGAUUUCGCGAGAAAUAAAAUAGUCGACAACAGAAAAGUCGUUUUUCGAAACAUGAGGCAGGGUGAGGAAAGGGCACGAAGAAAGUGGUCGGAUAAUUACCUAGUCAGAGAACAACGUGGUGCGAAACUUGCGCCUAAAUUUAUCCCUCAUCACUCUGUGAAUAGAGCCAUGAGCGAAGUCGAACUUGGAAGCGAGCGAGAUAAGGACGCGAGUUUGAUUAUUUUGAAGGAAGCUCAUCAAAGCGAGAUCAGUUUGUCCAAGAGUUUUGAUCGCAAUGACGGCACGUCAGAGGUUGCGUUAAUCAAAGCUCCAAUCGAUCAGUCACCGGGUUCGCGCGAGUCUUUGAAUGCUAAUCAUCUCGCGCAGCUGGCGGGAAGUCGACAAGAUCGCAAUGAGGGUAGUUUCGAAGGAGCGAGACGAAGGGCAGAGCUAAAUACCGAUAAUGUAUUCGACGUUAAUCGUGCGACCGAACGCGAUUAUUCGGCUCGGCGAAAUUCGCGCGGGAACGAGGAAGCGAGUCGACGAUCGAACGAGCGCAACGAUGUUAACGUUGCGGCGACGCGUCGCGACGAUCUAACGGCGGAGAAUCGCGGCACUCGCGGCACCGAUGUCGUCGAUUUCGAAGCCACGACGCAAACUCAUUUUGACGGCCGCAAUAGCUACGCGUCUGAUAAGCGGAAUGGCAAGCGCGGAUCUCGAAGCACGUUCACCGAUUAUCCGAACAGGAACGACAACUUUGACUACGUUAAUGAGUCCGCGAACUCGAGCGCCGACGACGUCGAUACAAUCGCGGUUGAUACGAUUGCCGAUGACAUCGACGUCAGCACCGCUUUGACCGCGGACCAUCAAAUCGAGAACGGGAUUGCGGAAGUCGGGACCGAGUUUAACUUAGAUUACCUCGAUUUCAAUUUCUCGAAUAUCGGUGGAACGGAAAAUCACACUGCGAACUGUCGCAACGGUGUGUGCCUUCCCGAUUUGAAUAGCGGCGACGACGUGCCGACAACCAAAACGAACAAGUUCGAUCGAGAGAAUGGACCGAACGACAAUCGGGAUGAGCGCGCGGAACAUCAUCACGUGCAAGUGAGCGACGACGACGACGACGACAUGUCGGCGACGCCUGGCAACGACAGCGACAUCGAUACCGACAGCGAAACGCCUUUCACGGGCUUCGAGGGUUCUCAGAAGUUCCCGGUAAAAAUCAAUCAAAAGCCGGUGAUGCCGCAAGUCGAAAAGUUCGACAGGCGGCACUUCGGACCGCAUAAAGAGGACGUGCUCGAGGAAGCUUCUACGUGGCAUCCGAGUACCGCGCUUCCGGAUCUGCCCAAGAGUCCCGGCCGGGACGUGCUUCAUCGCCAUCGCAAGACGAGCGAGGACGUAACCGCGACGAACGACGGGGACGAGGGAACGAUCGAGGAAGACGAGAAACGAAACGAUACCUUUGACGAGUCUUGGCUACCGGGCAUGUCGUCGGGCAGACGUUCGCCGAAUUUCCCGGGCGUUAAAUCGAACCUUGACGAGAAACUUGCGACGGUAACCACGGAUAUAAUCGUCGGUGAUCUCGCAAACGCGACACACGACGUGGAUUCCGACGUGGAUAUUGGCGUAACGGUGUCGAGUGCAAAAUCGAUGGAGAAGAUAAACAUAACCAUACUGGGUCUCUUUGAGAUGACACGCGGGACGAAGGUGAGGCCGGAGGGAUCCAGCGAGCUCGAGGCGGCCAAAUUGGCGGUCGACCGUGUCAACGAGUCGGACAUCUUAAAGCGCUUUCGUCUCCGGCUUAUUUACAAUGAUACCAAGUGCGAUUCCGGAGUGGCCGUGGACAGAUUCUUUCACGCCCUUUACGCGCCGAAGAAGAAGCAUCUGAUGCCGUUUCUUCUCGGCACCGCUUGUUCCGAGGUUACCGAGACACUGGCCAAGAUUGUGCCCUAUUGGAACGUGAUUCAAGUAUCGUUCGGCUCGACGGCACCGGCCCUCUCGGAUUCCAACGAGUUUCCCUUGUUCCUGCGAACCGUCGCGCCGGAUUCGAGUCACAAUCCGGCGAGGAUAGCAUUGAUCAAACACUUCGGAUGGGACACCGUCACGGCGCUCUCGCAAACGGGCGACAUGUACUCUUUGGCGGUAAACGAUUUGGUCCAGGAACUGGAACAGGCGAAUAUCACGUGCACCGCCACCAUCACGUUCGCCGAGAACGAUUACAAGGAACAACUGCGAACUUUGAAGGACCUGGACACCAGGAUUAUCAUCGGAAGUUUCUCUCCGCAAUUGGCGCGUCGUGUUUUCUGCGAGGCCUGGAAGCUCGGAAUGCACGGCGGUGAUUACGCGUGGAUUUUGCCGGGUGACACCGACCCGUUGGAGAUGAUAAGCGACCGGCAUGCCGACAUCGAAGAAUGCUCGUCUUCUCAGCUGACGCAGACUCUGGAUGGCUUAAUCAUUGUCAAGAGCCACGACUCGGUCGUCGGGAACGUGAUGAGUGACACGGGUUUGUCCAGCGAGAAAUUCAGGACGGAACUGGCUAAUAGAGGCGUCGCGCACUCGAAAUUCGCGGGGCAAACAUACGACGCCGUGUGGGCGAUGGCGUUCGCCCUCGCCAGAACCGAGGUCUUCCUGAAUCGGCAGAACGAGAGCAUGGCGAACUACAAGCACACGAGACGGGACUUCACCUAUCGUCUGUUGGAGCAGCUUAAGCUGCUGCACUUUGUCGGAGUUUCGGGACCGGUUUCUUUCGACGAUGCCGAUCGCGUUGGAAUCACGGCGUUUUACCAGAUGCACGGAUCGAUUAUCAGAAGAAUAGCCAUCUACACCCCCGAAGAUGGAAAACUGUUAAUGAACUGUCCGGGAUGCGAGGCUACAAGAUGGCCCGGAGGCCAAGUGCCAGCGGCUCGCAGAGUCUUCCGAUUACGAAUGGUAACGGUGGCGCCCGCCGCGUUCCUCGUUAUUACCUGCAUAGCCAGCGUCGGCGUUACCCUGGCUCUUGCUUUCCUGGCUUUCAAUCUUCAUUUUCGCAAGCACAAAAGCAUAAAACUUUCAAGCCCGCGGCUGAAUAAUAUGGCGGCCGUUGGUUGUGGUCUCGUCUACGGGGCUGUUAUACUUUUGGGGCUGGACGACGCUACGUUACCUGACAGCGAUGGUUAUUAUCCAACGGUGUGCAAGGCGCGAGUAUAUCUGUUAUCGGCCGGCUUCUCUCUGGCUUUCGGUUCCAUGUUCACGAAGACUUAUCGCGUACACAGGAUCUUCACCAGAAGCCGCAGCGGGGUUGUGAAGAACAAGCUGCUGCAGGACACUCCGCUGAUAUUUCUGAUCUGCAUGCUGCUGGUGAUCGACGUAAUCGUGGUGACUCUGUGGGUGAUUUUGGACCCGAUGCAGCGUCACCUGCAGAACCUGACACUGGAGAUCAGUCCUCAAGAUCGCGGGGUCGUCUAUCAGCCUCAGGUGGAGGUGUGCCGCUCGCAGCACACCAACGGCUGGCUAAGCGCUCUCUACGUUUACAAAGGUUUACUGCUGGUAGUCGGGGUCUACAUGGCUUGGGAAACGAGACACGUAAAGAUCCCGGCGCUGAACGACUCGCAAUACAUCGGCAUGAGCGUGUACUUCGUGGUGAUCACAUCAGGCAUCGUCGUGGUGCUGGCCAAUCUGAUGCCCGAUCGCGCGACCCUGGCCUUCGUCACCAUCACUGCCCUGAUUCUGGCCUCGACGACGGCAACUCUGGCGUUGCUCUUCCUGCCGCAACUGGCGAACAUCCUCGCGGGCGAGAGAGACGAUCCGGUUGUGCAGAGCCUCGGUUUGAAGAUCGAAUGCAACACACGCAGAUUCGUCACCGACGACAGAAGAGAGCUGCAGUAUCGCGUGGAGGUGCAAAAUCGGGUUUAUCGUCGUGAGAUGGCACAGCUGGAACUUGAACUGGCCAGAUUGGAGAAACAACUGGCGCAAGAAAUGGAAAAACCGUCGCGCGCCUCAUCAAACACUUCGAUUCCGCAACGAAAUCCAAGUAUCGGGGGCGGUCUGCCUCUGUUAUUGCUCAGUGUCCUGCCACCGGUUAUUCCCCGUGCCAGCUGGCCCUCCGCAGACUCGUCCGGCAUCCGUCGCGGCACCGUAGCAUUUAGCAGUCAGCCGGAUUUGGACCCGGACGAUCCCAGGCAGAGUCUGGCCGAUCUCUACAAGCUUCACCGUCGCCGGGAGACCGAGGGACCGAAUCGCCUCGGCGUUUUUCAACGACUCUUCAGUCUCUUCGGCAGCAGGCCGAGUAGCAGAAAAACCUCAGCCGCGUCGUUCACCGGGGUAGCAUCGGCACUUCGAGUCCAUAUGGGUUACAUCGCCGGUUUAGUGCCCGGCACUACGAAGGCUGCCUCUACUUGCCAGGUAGACGCCGAAGGCACUCGCUCGCCUCAUACGCGAUGUGGUUCAGGGCCAAUAAUUAGUAUUACUAGCGACGAGGAUCGUAGAUUGAGCCUGGGGCUACGUCGCAAGGAAAGUAGCGAGCCUAGAGUAAAUUUCAGCUUACCGCCACAAGCAAGCACGAGUCAGUCAUCAUCUCGAGAGAAAAUACGCGGCUCGCCCCGAUUCCCACAUCGGAUAGUCCCGGCGAACAGUUUGAACGCCAUCGCGCAGGGCGCAUCGAUCUCGAGACCGCAUCGUUGGCACUCGAUGGAAGACGCGACGAAAUCGAAGACGAUUCAAACAACGUUGUCCCGCGGCUCGUGCAGUCCCAACUCCGAGAUAUGGACCGCGAGCGAGAUCGGCGGCGAGGUUCCUCCGAGAAAAGCGGCCGGGAUAGAAAAUAUCGCCGGAGAUAGAAAACCGCCGGAUUACUUGGGUCUGAACAACAUCAACGCGGAGUCAAAGACGUGCACGAUCGACACAAAACUCGGCAGGGAUCUGAGAAAGCUGUUUCGGGAGAACGACAGCCAGGACGUAGCAGUCAGCUCGGCCGAGUGCGAGCAAAAGACGACCCGAUCGAGUUCGUCAUCCUCCUCGUCCCUCAAGUUAAUCGCCGCCGCGAGCGAAUCCGCCGCGGCUUCAAAGAACGAUUCCACCCCAGAGAUUCGGCACGACACCGUUUCGAACUCUUGCCAGGAAGGACCGAAGUCUCGUAUAUCGAGCCCGGUGAUCUCGGUGAUCGAUACGGAUAACCCAGGGGAAGAAUCAAACGCAGACGCCGCGGAUACUUCUUUCUGCGAGGAGAGAAAACCGACUCCUAUCGCGUAAUACGUGUGUGUGUGUGUGUGUACGUAUGAGUACGUAUGUGGCACGUGAUUGCAACAGAUGUGUUUGAGUGAUACAACUUUACAAGAGAGAAAAAAAGAGAGAGAGAGAGAGAGACAGACAGACGAUUUAUCAGAGAGAACUUCCAAAACUACGUUGAAUUUUUUUUGUCGUGUUUCACUCGCAAUGUAUCAUUUAACGUUUUGGUGUCUUCUCGGAGGUGUGAGAUAGCGAAUCAUUUAUCGAAAUUUGUAACUAUCGCAUUUACUUAGACAAUCCAUAAAAAUUAAAUAAAUAAAUAAAUAAAUAAAAACGAAUCAAUUUAGAUGUUUCGUGUAUAUUAGAAAAUUGGAUUGGAUCGUGUGCUGCGCGAGAUUACCAAUAAUAAAGUAUUUUAGAAGUGCAGUUAAGUUGGACUUGUUGCGAUUUUCGCAACGAUCCAUACGCACGUAUAUACGACGCAUGAAAAUGUGUAUAGUGUUUUAUUAGAUAUAUAUUUCCAAAUUAAUAAUCUCCCCAAAACCUGAUUAGAUCUUCGAACGAUAGUAAAAUUUGUCAUUCAGAGAUAAAUAGUGAAAAUGUUGUUUAAUAGUAAUCGAUGUUAUAUAAUUGGUUAUUAUCCCCCGUUAAAUUGUAAUUGAACGAAAAAUCGGAGACUCUCUGAAGUGGAACGUUUACGAAAUCGACGUUUUGUGAAUUUAUUGAUCACCAAAAAGAGGAAAAGCGUGUACACGCGGAAAUUAACUUGUUUGUUGUGUCCGAAUCAAUAAAUAAAAUAGUGUGUUACACGUGACUGUAUUACGAAGACCACAUGCUGUGUGAAUAGAAUAAUAGUUUCUCGUUCGUUGUGUCCAAAUGCGCGGAUCGCGAACAAAUUGCAUUGUAAUCUCUCAAUCAUGUGUGUUCGCUAGCAAUUGUGCCAAAACAUCAAAACCGUAAGAGUAUGGGACGUUCGUCUUGGAGGGAUCGUAUAAAAGGGACCAACACUUGCAACAUCCGUUUAAUUAAGUACGUCCUUUUUUAAGACAAACUAAAUAUUCUUACGGAGAACUCUCUACAAUCAACAAAAAGUGUUCAGUGCCCCCCUUAAAAAAAAAACCACUCUAGAGUACCUGCGCUCACACGUGCAAUGAAAAUAUUUCUCCGCAAAUCGAAGCAAAGUGAUUUAAAAUAAGAAUAUCACGUUGUAAAACGUAAAACAUGUUAAAACGUACUUUUCAAGCCACCGAAUUAACAUAAUUGUACGUAUAUAAAUAAAAACUAUGUAGGUAAGUGAUAUAUAUACAUAUACGUAUAUAUAUACAUAUACAUAUAUAUGUAUAUAUAUAUAUACAUAUAUAAGUACGUAUCCUUGCAAAGAGAUUUUCUUUCGAAAUCUUGCUAUCCGUAUUUCGUAACUCGGAUAUCUCGAUGUGUCAAUCAUUAAAACUUUACGAUUAAGCAAUAAUCAGCGUUGUCUAUGCAAAUAAGAACAAUGUAAUAAAGAACUAUAUUCUAUCCAUCUUACUAUAUCCAGAAUUAUCUCUAUCCAUCCCACAUCCAAGUCGUCAAUACGCGAAACAAGAUUAACGUGAAAAAUAUUCAUAUAGCCCUGAUGUAAGAAUAUUUUAUUCUCUUCUACAUCAGUAGACCGACAAGAGAUUACGCGAUUAUUUGUAGAAUAUGUGUACAUAUAAAAACACAUUUAAAUCUGUAAAACAAGUCAAUUAUUUAUAUCUUAGAGCUACUUUUAUAAAGAAACAAAAUCUACGUCUCUUUUGCCUAAUAUUUUGCUUACAAUAAUUCUUAUAAAUUUGUUUCAUGAGAAAAAUAAUCCCGAGAUAUUUGAUAGAAAAAUAUUUUAAAAAAACGGCAACUAAGAGAGAAACACAGAAACAAUUUUCUUUAAAAUCAGUCUUAAAAUUUUCAGUCGUUAAUAAUUUAUAUCACACAAUCGCUCGACAUGCAAUAUUACUUAUUUGCGACCAACUGAAUGCUUUCUAAGAAAAAUAUUCAGGAGCAAAUAAAAUCAUAAUCGACAUUAUUUUUUCUCAUAAAACAUUAUUAUAUACAAUAAUAUAUUGUACAUUCGUUUAUAAACUUGUUUACUGUUAUAUCAAAGACGUGUUGAUUUAAUCAUGUUUUUGUUAAAAAGAGUUUUAAAUCAAUACGCGCUUUUUCUUAUAAUCGACGCUAGCUAUUUUUUUAUAUAUCUAGACAUAACACGUUUGUAUUCAGAAUAUAUAACAUCUCAUAUAUACAUUAUGCACAUUUAUAUGAUAUGUGUGUAUGAGUGCGUGUGUAUGUGUGUGUGUGUGUGUACGUGUGUCUGUGUCUGUGUGUAUUAAAUAUA